AAGCCAUGUGGGGAUAUUGUCUUCUCCCCUGUCCCAUCUUGCCGUCCAAAAGCUACGUAUACAGGCGACACAGGAGCUAAGUGCCGGGGCCGAAUAGCAGCAUCAGACUGGGAUUUGAAACAACAACCUUCUGGUCGUGAGAACAGAGUCCCAACCUGCUGGACCACCACACCGUCCAAAUCAGCCAAGACUGAUCACUGUGAACUGAUUACACAACAGCCUGCACAAAGCCCUCGCUCAGGACUCCUGGUCCACACCGCUCUCUCUCUCUCUCUCUCUCUCUCUCUCUCUCUUUUCCCUCUGUGUUGUUCCACUUUUCCAUCUUACGACAAGGAGUGAUGUGAGGAUUUCAAACAUUUCAAAAGGCAUGACAGGAAACAGAGGAGAGGGUGAGAUGCGGGACGACUGACACGAGAGGAAAGAAAGAGACUCGCCGACAGGAAGCAAUAAAACAAGACAAGUAAGCGGGACAUCUGUGCUCUGUGGUAGACGUCCCUGGCAUGAAUCUCAACGACACCUGCCCAAUGCUGAAGUCCAUGAGGAACAGCUCCCACUCAAACAGGAGCAACCACGCCGACAUGGCGGUGGUGGCCUUACACGGGAUCUUCUCCACCAUGGGCAUCCUGGAAAAUGCUCUCAUCCUGUGGGUGGUGGGCUUCCGGGUCCGCCGCACCGUGGCGGCCGUGUGGGUGUUGAACCUGGCGCUGUCGGACUUCCUGGGAGUGCUGACGCUGCCGCUCUUCACCUACUACCUGUCCUCGUCUCACAGCUGGGAGCUGGGCGCGCCGCUCUGCAUCGCCCAGUCGGGCCUCUUCUUCCUCAACAUGUUUGUCAGCGCCUUCCUGCUGGCCACCAUCAGCCUGGACCGCUGCCUGCUAGUGAUGCAGCCCAUCUGGAGUAAGACCCACCGUUCGGUGGCCAUGGCCAGGAAGAUCUGCGCCCUGGGCUGGCUCUGGGCGGGCAUCAACACCAUACCCUAUGUGCUCUUCCGUGCCGUCAUUCCUACGACGGAUAAUCGGCUUCUCUGCUACCAUGACUUCGCCCGUUUCCCUACAGCCGCAACCCUAGACCAUGACUGCCGAGUCCGGCAGGAGGCCACGGCCCUGAGCAAGUUUCUUCUGGCGUUCCUCAUCCCGCUGAUCAUCAUUGCCAGCAGCUACGCCUGUGUGAGCUGGAAGCUGAGGCAGAGACACUUGCAGAGGCAGAACAGCCUCUUCACCAACAGGAGGAUCUACUGCAACAGCACCUCCAGCACUCUCUCCCCCAGGUUCUCCAAGAUGGUGAUGGCAGUGAUCGCCGUCUUCAUCUUCACCUGGUCCCCCUACCACAUCUUCUGCCUCCUCGAGAUAUCCUCUGCCUCCGCCAAUCCUCUGUCCGACGUCCAGAAGGUGGUGGAGGUGGGUCUCCCAAUAGCCGCCACCUUCUCCUUCCUAAACGCCACCCUCAACCCCUUCCUCUACGCGUUUAGCUGUCCGGAUUUCUGUGAAAGGAUUCGGGAAAGUAUGGGGGCCGUCUUGGAGGGUCUUCUGGCGGAGGGUGAGGACACAGGGUCGGCCAGAUUGCAGUUUAAUGGUAUUAGAAGGUCAGUCAUUGAAAAAGCCAGAAAUAUAGACAAUAAUAGCAAAACAGAGAUAGAAAGUUAAUGGCCCAGCAUGUGGGGCUAAAACUGAGUUGUGUUGCUUCAUUCCAACAUAUAAUCCCGCUUUAAUGAUCCACAGGUAAAUAAAUCCUUAGCCUUCGAACAUGAGAGAUAAUUUAAACACAAAAGAAACUGGAAGAAGAUGACUUAGAUCAUAUUUAGCCUGAAGCUAAUUAAUUAAAUCCCACAUUUAUUGAAUACAACAUGAGCAUUCCCUGUUUACAUAGCACAUUUGUCAUUGUAAUUGUAGAUCUAUCAUUCAUAUUGGAUUGUCAUUCAUAAUGAGAAUUAUUGUUUUGUAUAGAAGGUAUUUAUAUGAAUAUGCAUGUAAUUUCUCUUUGUGAAACUGUGGCAGUCAGCAGAAGCAAACAUACAUUAUCACCAUUAAAAUCCAUAUGGUACAUUUGAUAAAUAAACCUAUACUGUAUAUCAUUCUUUA